GCAGAAACUGAUUUUUACAAAAGACAUGUGCAUACCUAAUGUCAAAUAAACUAUGAUAUCCCCAUGUCUUGUUUUCAUAGGCCUAGUCAAUAUUUAACAAAGUUACAUUAGCAGAUGUUUACCUGUGGAAAUACGGGUGUCUGUGAUAAAACACAUAGUGAGCUUUACUCACUAAUACACCAAUAAAGUGAAAACAUUGUAAUUUUCAGGGUGGUUGAUCCAAAUACCCUGCUUCGUGGGCCUAUAUACAGGUAUCACAAAGCAAGACUUGAGGCCAUGGGAAGAAAUUGUACGUGAGAAGUUGCUACAUGUACUAGAAUCGGCUUAUCCCAACAUUUUGUCAGUUGAAGAUCUUAUCAGGAUAGAUUUUGCGGAGGAAAGAGUGGUGAUGGAACAGCUUGAAGAAUUAAGGAGAAAAGAUCUGAUUAGACAACUAGACUGUGGAGGGUUUGUUAGAUAUCGUCUUGAUGUUAAGACAGGUACCACAAAGCAAGAUUUGAGGCCAUGGGAAGAAAUUGUACGUGAGAUGUUGCUACAUGUACUAGAAUCAGUUUAUCCCAACAUUUUGUCAGUUAAAGAUCUUAUCAGGAUAGAUUUUGCGGAGGAAAGUGUGGUGAUGGAACAGCUUGAAGAAUUAAGGGGAAAAGAUCUGAUUAGAAAACUAGACAGUGGAGGGUUUGUUAGACAUUUACUUGAUGUUAAGACACGUACCACAAAGCAAGAUUUGAGGCCACGGGAAGAAAUUGUACGUGAGAUGUUUGCUACAUGUACUAGAAUCAGUUUUAUCCCAACAUUUUGUCAGUUAAAGAUCUUAUCAGGAUAGAUUUUGCGGAGGAAAGUGUGGUGAUGGAACAGCUUGAAGAAUUAAGGGGAAAAGAUCUGAUUAGAAAACUAGACAAUGGAGGGUUUGUUAGACAUUUACUUGAUGUUCAGACACGUAU